CAAGAUUCCCCAGCAAAGCAUCAGGAUAGAAAUCAAGAAAAACAGCAAGAUUCCUAACAAAAGAGAUGGAGAAAGAUCAGAACAACAGACCAGGAGAGGAAGAGGCGCAGUUAUAUUCAAAGAUGGAGUGAUGGACAGCAGAGUAUGUGAACUUCAGUGAACUUCAAUGUAAACGAGGCCAGACUCCAUUAUUCCUGCUGUGAUGGAGAUCCCCAUCCUGCUGCCUCUCGCCCUGGCCUUGCUGGGCUUUCUGUGCCCAUGUGUGACAACACUGACUCCCAGAGUCUCCUUCCCCAUGGAUAGUCCUGGGAGACGUCUCAUCCGCUUCAACAGCCACGACGUCAGCAACACCACCACGCUGCUGCUCAGUGAGGAUGGGGACAUAUUAUAUGUUGGAGCCCGGGACUCUGUGUUAGCGCUGAAUGUUAGCCACAAGGACAGCAUCAUCCUGAGGAACAAGCUGGACUGGAGUCCUUCACAUGAAGACCUUGAGCAGUGCUCCAUGAAGGGCAAGAAAAUGGCUGACUGUCCCAAUUUCAUACGUGUGCUGCAGUUCCUGAACACCAGCCACAUCUAUGCCUGUGGAACGUUCGCCUUCAGUCCACGCUGCACCUACGUCGUAAGGCGUUUAAGUUAUGGAGAGCUUUAUACUGGCACCGUGGCAGACUACAGGGGGAACCGGCCAGUCAUCUCAAGGCACCUCAGCGAGGGCAAGCGUGUCGACCUGAAGCUGGAUGACACAUUAGGAUGGUUGGAGGAUCCAACUUUCGUGAGUUCCACAUUUAUUCCAGAUGAAGAGAAACUUUAUUUCUUCUUCACUGAAGUGGGCAGAGAGUAUGACUUCAUCGACAAGUUCAUCGUCUCCCGCGUCUCUCAGAUCUGCGUGAGUGAUGUGGGAGGUCAGCGGACCCUGCAGCGACGCUGGACCACGUUCGCAAAAGCUCAGCUGCUUUGCCAAGCUGACCGUGAGCUGCCCUAUAAUGUGCUCCAGGACAUAGACACCCUCCUGCCUGCAGAGGGCGCUCCUGUGGAUGACAUACUCUUUUAUGGCAUAUUCACCUCUCAGUGGUUAUGUGGCCUGCACAACGCCUCAGACAAUGCCCUGCGCUUUGUCAAAGAGAACUUCCUGGCAGAUGACAGUGUGCGACCAGUUGGAAGGAACCUGACCAUGGUGUCUGCUGAAAACACCUACAGCCACCUGACUGUCCAGAGGGUCCAGGCAGCCAACGGCAAACACUACACUGUCCUGUUUCUGCUCACAGAGUCUGGUUACUUGCAUAAAGCAGUGCUGCUACUCAGAGGGGCCCAUAUCAUUGAGGAGAUUCAGGUCUUUGAGCAGCCUCAGCCUGUCAAGAGCCUGAAGCUCUCCAUACCCAAGGGAGUGAUUUACAUCGGCACAUCGGAGGGCGUCGUGAAGGUCCCGACAGCUAACUGUUCUUUUUACUGGACCUGUGCUCAGUGUGUUCUGGCCCGAGAUCCCUUCUGUGGUUGGGAUCCUGCCAGCAGGGUCUGUGUGAUGGUCUCUACAACAAACACUAACCUAGGCCAGGACAUAGAAAGAGGAAACGCUGAAGAGGCAUGCAGCAGUGUUUCAUUAAAUCACAAGAGCAGAUUUGGUCCAAACAAACUGCCUGCGGCCUCGUGUCCUCCAGGCGAGCUGGUGUCUGUGUCUCUGAACGAAGUCGUGCGUCUGCAGUGUCCUGCAGCAUCACGGCUGUCUCAGCAGCUCUGGGAGCGUCCCAACAGUCGGCUGUCCUCAGACUUGUAUCUGAACCUGGAGGAUGGCAGUCUGAGCUUUGUGGCCACCCCUGCCACACUGGGCCACUACCUCUGCCUGUCCACUGAAAAUGGCUACCAACAGACUAUGGCCAUCUAUCAUGUCAAGCAGAAGACCAGCCCUCUGUCUCAAACUCCAACCAGCUACACCCAGCCUCGGACAAAUGCGAUACCCACAACACAAUCUAUGGCCAAGCCGGGAUCUGGACUCCACAUAUCUGUAGGAACUUUCCCUGAAAGAACAGAAACGCACCACGGACAGUCUAAGACAACGCCACCCAACAGGAACACUCAAGUCACCACCAGACAGCUGGGCAAAAACCUGACCUUACGGACUAAAGAGCCUCGACAGAGAGAAUCACAGCUCCGGGAUGGGGAAGCGCUGCUGGCCGCCCAAGCCCCGUGCUAUUUAAAGGAGCUGGUAAUUGUGUCGCUUUUGCUAGUGCUGUCCCUCAGUUUGUUAAUCACCAUAUUUCUGUUUGUCUCCCAAGCCCCGUGCUAUUUAAAGGAGCUGGUAAUUGUGUCGCUUUUGCUAGUGCUGUCCCUCAGUUUGUUAAUCACCAUAUUUCUGUUUGUCGUCACACAGCGCUGCAACCGCAGAACAGCCCCACAAGCAGCAACCGUAACCAUAGACUCUGACAGAAGGACCCCUGUAGAGCAGGAGGCCCGAAGGGCGAAUGUGUUUCUGAGCAAAAGGAACGAACAAGGACAGCAAAGUGGCAGCGAGUUGGUUUGUAACGCUGCGCUUUCAGGUUCUAAUGGACAUUUGCCUAACACCCCCAUCUAAACAGAGGUCCAGAGGUACAGAUGAAAAA